AGCCUGCCCUGCUUCACUACUCAGCUGGUGGAAGUGCACGUCCUGCUGCUCAUGACAAGAUGACUUCACAGAGUUGCCAGAGGGGUCGAGAGAGUGCAGGCAGGAGCUACAGGGGGCCAUGCCACACUGCAGUCUGCAGUCAGGCCUCUUCACUACGUGGCCGCAACCUAGAACCACCCAACAAAUAUGGAGGGCAGAGCAAGCUAGUCCAGUCCAGCACUGUGGGCUCCUCGUGGGUGGCAGAGUGCCAAGCUGGCUUGCUGAGGAUGCUAUUAUUAUCAUUGCUUUUGUGGUGCAUGCCCAUGGCAGGUGGGCUGGAAGUGAAAACCACGGAGAUGACCCAGAUGGCUUUCCUACACGACAAUGUCACUAUACCCUGCAAAAUCCCUGGGUCGCCCCACCUGAACAUCACGACUGUGGGAAUCAUCUGGUCUUGGAAGAAAGAGCAGAAUGAAUCUGAGGUCUCAAUAUACGAGUUUUAUGGAAAUCACGAGAAGGUGUUCCGACCUGGAGCCAGUGUGUCAUUGUGGGGGCUGGAAUGGGGCGAUGCCUCACUCCAUCUGCCCAGGAUCGAGCUGAGUGAAGCAGGAGAAUACCAAUGCAAGCUGGUGGUCACCCCUGAAAAGGCAGAGGGAACGGCCAGGCUAGAUGUUGUGGCUUCCCCAGCCACGAAGUUGUUUGUGAAGCCAGCUACAGUGAGAAAUGGUGAAGACCAGCACAUUAUAUGUGAGCUAGAUGGAUUCUACCCAGAAGCCUUUGACUUAAAGUGGGAGAAGAGCACCCUGAAUGAUCCCAACUUCCGAGUGAUUACUGAGGGCGUCAUCACUGGUCCCACUGUGAGGAACGAUGAUGGCACCUUCAGUGUUAUCAGCUCCUUGGCCCUGAAACCAGCCCUGGAAGGCCAUGGGAAUACCUACUCCUGUGUGGUGUCACACAGAUCCUUCCUUGGCUCCAAGAGGCUCAGUGUUACGCUGCCUGAGAAAAGACUUAUGGAGAUAUAUGUUACCAUUGUUAGUCCCUGUAUUCUCCUGGCUUUGGUGAUAGUUUUUCGCCUCUGGAGCUGUCUGAUCUAGGUGCUGCUCGUCACCUUGCAGGAAGCCUUACGUGAAGAAGGGCAGGCACGAAGGCAGUGAGUCGACCUGAUCCUCGUACAGCCGUCCCUGUCUUUACUGCGUCCUUCCGUGUCCUCCACAAGUGGGCAGUCUCUUGACUUCGUGGCGUUUGCUAAGAAAACUUAGGCUGCAAUUUUUAAAGAUCAAUUUUUAGGAUUAUUUUCUACAUGAGACACUUAGUCAUGAAAACACAGUGUGCCAAAGCUUCUAGUGAAAACGUGUCCAGCUCUAAGUGCCUACUAAGAUAAAUAACUUAAUGGAAAACAAGCUCAAGCCAAACCCCAGAUCUAUAGUGGGAAAGAAUUAAGAUCAGGACAGAGAUUAAUCAAAUGGAAAUGAAAAAUUACAAAAUUUGUAAAUCUGCUCAACAAAUCCUUACCCCAGCUAACUGGCAGAAAGCAAAGCCUCACCUGAUAAAGUCAGAGGUGCAAAAGGAGCCAUCCAGAAACUCGGGGAGCACCAGGACAGUCUUUAAAAGCAGAUAUUCCACUAAGUUAGGAGAUUUUAAAGUAUUUGAUGAAUUACUUUGUGUAUAUGAUCUACCAGAAUUAAACCCAGAUGAGACAAAUGAUUUAAACAGAUCUGUUAGGAGCAGUGAGAUUGAUGUUGUAAUAAUAAUAGUGAUAAUGAUAAUAAUAAUGAUAAACAACAACAUCACCAAACAAAGCAGUGUUCAGGCCCUGAUGGAUUCACUGGUAAAAGCUACCAGAUUGCCAAUGAAGUACUAUCACCAGCCUUUCUGAAGAGAGGAAAGACCACUGCCAAACUCUCUCACAAGCCCAGCAUUAGACCUAUUUGUAAGCAAGUAUUUUUAGUGUCUGUGACUAGGAAUUUGUAAAGCUGGGUAUCUGAACUUGAUGUAUUGUUCAAAAGUUUACAAAGCCAAGUGACCCAUGGUUGCUCUCUUUUAUAUGAAAUGUAUUAAGACCAGGGAAAGACUUGACAAGCACAACCCUGCUAUGUGAAGCCCAUAUCUACCUCUGUUUGCCUUGAAGUAAGUGUUUUGUUAUUGUAUGUAUGAGAUGCACUUGCACUGCAGAGAAAGGGUCUGUGGACACAGCUCUAAAAUCGUAAGAAUCCUUACAAUUUUACAGUGUAGAACUGGUGUCCUACUGGCCAGAGAGUCUUAAGUUCUUCUUCACUAAUAGAUGGUGAGUUAGCGGAGAAGAGAUUUCUGUGCAAUCACGAUGGUCAGUGCUGCUCCUGCUGUGUUAGGCCUUCUAAGAUGCAAAGCUUAGGAGAGCAGGAAGUUAAUCUCCUCCAAAGUAGAACUGGUAAUGGUGCUAUCUGAGGCAGGAUAGGAAAACAGCAGAGAUGGGGAGAGGACGGAAUGCCUUGCUCUGGAGUCUGGUUGGAGCCUCUCACAUUUUUGAGUUGUGUGUGACAGUUGCUAACAACAGGGUCAUAUAUGUAAAAGUGUUAAAAUAGCAACACAGCAGGCCUUGGCGGACCAGUAAGGCCUCCCUCCUCUCCCGUGGGAUGUGCUAACUGCCUGUAUCUCUGCAACCUAGACUUGUCUGGUGCCAGGUGCACCUCAGGGGCUACCCUUUGGAGACAGUGACUUCCAAAGUCAUCUGAAUUCUUUGUGUAAGCCAGACACGGCAUUGCACAGCUUUAAUCUAGCACUUGGAGGCAGAUGUCUGUGAGUUUGAGGCCAGCUUGAUCCACAUAGUAGGUUCCAGCCCAACACAAUGAGACACUGCCUCAAACAAGUAAGAUAAAUAGUAAAUUCUAUUUAUUAGUAUUGUAAAGCCAAUGAAGUUAAGUUAUUCUCUGGGAAGUCCACAACCGUGGGCUAUGAUUUUUUUAAAUUUUUCU